GCACGUUGUUAAACCAGUUCCAGAAACGCUUCUAAAAUGAAACGCAAGUCUGGAGCCCAAGAGAAAGCACGGAAGAGACUGCCAACUAAUGUUGAGAGUGCUUCAGAUGGUCCAGUGAAUGAAACCCCACCACUGUCAGAUGGCAGCCAUCUUGAUUCAAGAGUAGGGAGCCAUCUUGAUUUCAUAUCCGAGAAUUAUCUGGAUACUGAUUCAAAUACUAUUGACUCUGCAACAGAUGGACAUUUUAACUUUUCAUCUCAAGCACUGUUACUGGAAUCUAUAAUUUCUCCGGUGAAAUUAGAGAAUUUUUUCCAAGACUACUGGGAGAAGAAACCUCUAAUACUACAUGGGGAGGGUUCCAAGCGAGCUGCAUACUUCAAACAGUUGUUUUCAAUGAAGCAACUGCGGGUUAUCUCAAAGAAAAAUUCUGUUCGUUUUGUGGAAGAUGUAAACUGUUGUCGAUAUGUAAAUGGAAAGAGGGAAUCAUUGAAUGAAGAUGGUGAUGCUACCGUAGAAAAAAUAAACAGAAUUUUCAGCGGGCUGAAGGGUACUUUGCAGUUUCACCAACCACAGAGAUUUCAGGAUGAAUUAUGGAAAAUUCAAAGUAACUUGGAGUCAUUAUUCGGUUGUCUAGUUGGAGCUAAUGUUUACAUCACUCCAGCGGAGUCGCAGGGGUUAGCCCCACACCAUGAUGAUGUAGAGGUGUUUAUUUUUCAGUUGGAAGGUGAAAAGCAUUGGAGACUUUACAAGCCGUCAUUGGAUCUACCUCGAGAUUACAGUAGAGAUCUGAGUCAGAAUGAGAUUGGUGAUCCAACGCAUGAUUUCAUACUUAAGCCUGGUGACGUGAUGUAUUUCCCACGUGGUACGAUACAUCAAGCAGACACUUUAUCAUCAAGUACUCAUUCCACCCACAUCACUAUGAGUACUUACCAGCACAAUACUUGGGGAGACUUGUUAUCCGUAAUGAUGCCAAAUCUACUGGAGAAGGAAAUGGAUAAAAAUAAAGAAUUUAGGCGAGGAAUUCCUGGAACUCUCAUCACACAGGGAAUAUCAAAACCAAAUGGUGAACAUCUCAAAAUGUUAUUGCACCAAUUAGCUGAGAGUAUUGAGUCAUGUGAUGAUUCUUCAGCCAAUGAAAUGAAACUGGAUUUUAUUAGCAAUCGUCUGCCACCCUAUCAUAAUAACACAGAAGAAUUACAGUCGCCAAAACCACCAAUGCCCAGUAAUAAAUCAUCGGUGAGGUUGAGAUUUCCUGACCAUACUCUGAUUAUUAAUGGAAAUCCAAACGAUGAAGAUGAUUCUGACGAGGAGGAAGAUGAUGAGGAUGAUGGGGAAGAUGAAGAAUGCGUUUAUGUUUAUCACUCUUUACAAAACAAUAGAAGGUGUCAUAUGAUGUCAGCAGAAAAAACAAAGCCAACUGGUUUAAAAUUCAGUAUGGAUCAUAUUGAGGCUUUGCAACAGUUGAAGACUGCAGGCAAUCAAUACAUAAAAGUAAAACAGAUCAAACUUCAAGACAAACCGAGGAAGGACAUGUUGCUCUCAUUGUGGUCUGAAGGGUUACUGCAGUGCAAGGAAUGAUGUCAUUGUUUUAUAAAGUCUGAAUAUUUGAAUUUAAAAAUUAUGAACAGCAUUUCAUAGCAUUUUAAUUAUGAAUAUUUAAUAACGCAUUGAUUGCCAGUCAAUUUUGUCACAAUUGACAAAUCAAAGUGGCAGAAAUUCUGAUGUACACUUUCACCUAUAGCCAAUUAGAAAUAAUGUCCAUUAGGCCCAAAUGUAAAACAAGAAAUUGUCG